ACACGUUACACCACCUUCUUUUCCACCAAGGCCAGCAAAAAUUCAUGCUUGUCACAAGUGUCAAACCCCAUUGUGGUUGUUACUUCUAAUCAUUAUUUGUUCUUUGAUUGGAUUAGUUAUCACAGGUGUUGUCACCUUCUUCAUAACAAAGACAGAUUUGCAGAGAAGCAGUCUGCAGAAACUGUUCAAACAGAGUGCAAAUGGACAAGUUGGAGUCCCUGGACAGAAUGUAGUAUUACAUGUGGUAGAGGUGUGAUAAUCAGAGUCAAACAACAACUUAACAACUCACAACGUUGUAAUGAAACUUUCGAAACUAAGAUUUGUUUACAAGAAACAUGUCCAGCUGAUGCACUGACAUUUGAUAUGAGAUUUAACCGAUCAGCGUCACAUCCCGAUGUUUUCAUAUCAGAUGACCUUACAAUGCUAAGCAACGUUUACAUAAGUGGCACCACAAUCAUAGAUGGUGCAGAGUUAAAGAAUUAUAAGGGAGUAAUUGCAGAUACUUGUAUUGAAGACAAUGAUAUAGUUUACUAUGAAGUGAACUUUUCUUACUCUAUCAUUAACACAUUGCAAAGCUACUGGCUAGUACUAGAAAUCGGUCUUGCUGAGCACAAUAAAGUAGAUAACUACUUUUACGUUUCGCAUGAAAAUGUUAGUGGGUGGGCUUUCGACAUCUAUCACCGGGAGUCUCACAAUCAAACUUUCUUAUGGGCUGACAGUCCAGAUUCAAGUAUACCCUUAAAAAUGUUUAGCGACAACCAAGCAGGGGCCAAUGUUAACGGUACACUCCUAGUUCUUGUUAACAGACAAAAACACCAUGUUUCUCUCAUUCAGAACAACAAGAGUCUUUACACAUUUCAAAAUGUUUAUUCUGACCAGAGCCUUUGUCCGGUUUUUGGUAUAUAUAAUCCUAAGGAUGUGCAUGCACAACUUCAGAUUUUGAAUCCACGAAACUUUACUCUCCUUCCUCUAUGGUAAAUUUAUAAAAAAUAAUCGAAAAGAUAUCUUCAACACUGUGUAGCACCACACCCGGAGACUAAGACUACAAUGGGAUGCUUUUGAUAUUUUUCAGGGGGAGGGGUCAUUAUACAGGUCUUGGGGAGACAAUAAGCUUCUGUUUUAGUAUUUCCAAUAUAUCUUAUGUUCGGCAUAUGUAUAUUGGCCGCAUACCUUUGAGAUCUAACGGAUAAGCCGGGGUCAUUGGAAACUUUUCAAAUUAAUAUUUUAGAAGGGUGUUCUAAAACACAUUUAAAUUCAUUGCCAGCAAUUAUUUUUAGGGAGGCAGGGGGAUAUUAAUUUUCGCUUGAUUUGUUCAAUAUUCAGCAUCAUUAAGUGUAACUUAUCAUAUUAACCUUCAUUUUUACUUAUAUCAGGCGCAUGUCCCCUAGACCUGGCGAACGAAACCCCUGCUCAAAUGGUUUAAAAGUGUUUUCUAAAAUAAAAAAAUUUAAAGCAUUUAC